AAACCGCCUGAAAUGAAACGGAAUUGUUCAUUGCAAAUGGUGAUCGAUUGGUGAGGGGAACGAAAUAUCUACGAGCAUCGUUGUUGGGAACGAAAGUCCUCUUAAAUAUGAGAAUAGAUGUAUAAUCUUUACAUCAAUAGUUUUUUUUAUUCAUUGACUGAAUAAGAAAAAAAAAACCAUGUAUUUGUACAACUUAACACUGCAACGUGCAACGGGUAUUACCCAUGCAGUGCAUGGGAAUUUCUCUGGCAGUAAGAUGCAAGAGAUUCUGGUUUCACGAGGAAAGUCCUUGGAACUUCUAAGACCAGAUCCAAAUACUGGAAAAGUCCAUACAUUGUUGACUGUAGAAGUAUUUGGGAUUAUAAGAUCUUUAAUGGCCUUCAGGCUAACUGGUGGUACCAAGGAUUAUAUUGUAGUUGGAUCGGAUUCUGGACGUAUUGUAAUUUUGGAAUAUAUUCCUGCAAAGAAUGUUUUCGAGAAAGUACAUCAGGAAACAUUUGGCAAAAGUGGCUGUAGACGCAUUGUACCUGGACAGUACUUAGCUAUAGAUCCCAAAGGAAGAGCAGUAAUGAUAGGUGCAAUUGAAAAACAGAAGCUUGUAUAUAUCUUAAAUAGAGAUCCAGAGGCUAGACUUACAAUAUCCUCACCUUUGGAAGCUCAUAAAAGUAAUACAUUAGUCUAUCAUACAGUAGGUGUAGAUGUAGGUUUUGAGAAUCCUAUGUUUGCCUGCUUAGAAAUUGACUACGAGGAAGCAGAUAGUGAUCCCACAGGAGAUGCCGCAGUAAAAACUCAACAAACACUGACCUUGUAUGAGUUGGACCUUGGUCUGAACCAUGUUGUUCGCAAAUAUAGCGAACCUCUAGAAGAACAUGCAAACUUCCUUGUAUCUGUUCCUGGAGGAAACGAUGGCCCCAGUGGUGUACUUAUUUGUUCAGAGAAUUAUUUAACUUACAAAAAUUUAGGAGAUCAACAUGAUAUCCGUUGUCCCAUUCCUAGGCGACGUAACGACCUAGAUGACCCUGAACGGGGUAUGAUAUUUGUCUGUUCUGCGACGCAUAAAACUAAGAGCAUGUUCUUCUUUCUGGCUCAGACAGAGCAAGGAGACAUUUUCAAAAUCACCCUCGAAACUGACGAAGAUAUGGUGACCGAGAUUAAAUUAAAAUAUUUCGACACAGUACCUGUUGCAGCAAGCAUGUGCGUCUUAAAAACAGGAUUCUUAUUCGUUGCAUCAGAAUUCGGUAACCAUUAUCUUUAUCAGAUUGCACAUUUAGGAGAUGACGACGAUGAACCUGAGUUCAGUUCAGCUAUGCCCCUCGAGGAAGGUGAUACCUUCUUCUUUGCGCCAAGACCACUCAGGAAUUUAGUAUUGGUAGAUGAAAUGGACAGCUUGUCACCGAUAAUGACGUGCCAGGUAGCCGAUUUGGCGAACGAAGAUACUCCUCAAUUAUACAUAACUUGCGGUAGAGGACCGCGUUCAACUCUACGGGUUUUGCGGCAUGGUUUAGAAGUUUCUGAAAUGGCUGUUAGUGAAUUGCCUGGUAAUCCAAAUGCUGUGUGGACUGUUAAAAGAAGAAUCGAUGAGGAGUAUGAUGCUUACAUCAUAGUGUCCUUCGUCAAUGCAACUCUUGUGCUUAGUAUCGGAGAAACUGUAGAAGAAGUGACUGAUUCUGGUUUUCUUGGUACAACUCCGACAUUGAGCUGUUCAGCUUUGGGUGAGGAUGCGCUUGUCCAGGUAUAUCCCGAUGGAAUACGUCACAUUCGCGCGGAUAAACGUGUCAAUGAAUGGAAAGCGCCUGGUAAGAAGACCAUAGUGAAAUGUGCAGUGAAUCAACGUCAAGUUGUAAUUGCAUUGACUGGCGGGGAACUGGUAUACUUCGAAAUGGACCCUACUGGGCAAUUGAACGAAUACACGGAACGAAAGAAAAUGCCAUCGGAAGUAAUGUGUAUGGCUCUGGGUAACGUAGCAAUUGGAGAACAGAGGUCAUGGUUUUUGGCUGUUGGUCUGCAGGACAACACCGUAAGGAUUAUUUCCUUGGAUCCAUCCGAUUGUUUAGCGCCUAGAAGUAUGCAGGCUUUACCAGCGGCGGCCGAGAGUUUAUGUAUCGUUGAAAUGGGUGCUAAGGAUGCAAAUAGUUCCGAGGAUAUGUCACCUCAGCAGUCUAGUUUAUAUUUAAACAUAGGUUUACAAAACGGGGUAUUAUUGAGAACAGUAUUAGAUCCCAUUUCGGGCGAUCUCGCGGAUACACGUACACGAUAUUUAGGAUCUCGUCCGGUUAAGUUAUUUCGCAUAAAAAUGCAAGGGAACCAAGCAGUGCUAGCAAUGAGCAGUAGAUCGUGGUUGAGCUAUUAUUACCAAAACCGUUUCCACUUGACGCCGUUAUCUUACGAAAGUCUGGAAUUCGCAUCGGGCUUCAGUUCCGAGCAAUGUCCCGAAGGAAUUGUUGCCAUCUCGACAAACACACUGAGGAUUCUUGCCCUUGAAAAAUUAGGCGCUGUAUUCAAUCAGAUCAGCUUCCCUUUGGAAUACACGCCAAGGAAAUUCGCUAUCCACUCGGACUCGGCGCAUUUGAUCAUCAUCGAGACGGAGCACAAUGCGUAUACAGAGGAAACGAAGCAGCAAAGAAGACUGCAAAUGGCGGAAGAAAUGCAAGAAGCUGCGGGCGCGGAAGAAGCCGCAGUGGCACGAGAAUUGGCUGAAGCCUUCUUAUCCGAGGAGCCAAAUGAAGCUGUGUUCGGUGCGCCAAGAGCUGGUCCAGGCUUGUGGGCAUCGCUGAUACGAAUAAUAGCACCUACAACAGGACAAACGUUCGAGAUUCAUAGGCUUGAACAGAAUUUAGCUGCUCUAUGCUUGUGCCUUGUGAAAUUUGCUAACCAGGGCGAUCAACUGUUUCUCAUUGUCGGCGUCGCUAAGGAGUUCCAGUUGAAUCCCAGAGUCAGCAGUGGCGGUUUCCUGUAUACUUACAAGGUGAACGCUGAAUGUACCAGCCUUGAAUUAGUUCACAAAACUAAUCUGGACGAAGUACCAUUGGCUAUAUGUCCCUACCAGGGACGUGUGUUGGUCGGUGUUGGUAGAAUGCUACGUUUGUACGAUAUGGGCAAGAAGAAACUGUUACGCAAGUGCGAGAACAAGCACAUUCCCAAUGCCGUUGUCUCUAUAAAUGCAAUCGGUCAACGGAUUUACGUGAGCGACGUUCAAGAAUCGGUUUAUGCUGUUAGAUACAAACGACAAGAGAAUCAAUUGAUAGUAUUCGCGGACGAUACACAUCCGAGAUGGAUCACAACGACUUGUGUACUUGAUUAUGAUACCGUCGCCACGGCUGAUAAGUUUGGAAACAUUGCUGUCAUACGUCUGGCAAGUGGAAUUAACGACGAUGUGGACGAGGAUCCUACUGGGAAUAAAGCUCUGUGGGAUAGAGGUCUAUUAAAUGGCGCUAGUCAGAAAGCGGAUACUGUUGCGUGUUUCCAUGUCGGUGAAACAGUUAUGUCUCUACAGAAAGCGACACUGAUUCCCGGUGGUUCGGAGAGUUUAGUUUAUACGACGCUAAGUGGCACAGUAGGAGUCCUUGUUCCCUUCACGAGCCACGAAGAUCACGACUUCUUCCAACAUUUAGAGAUGCACAUGCGCUCCGAACAUCCACCGCUCUGCGGAAGGGAUCAUUUGUCCUUUAGGUCGUAUUAUUACCCUGUAAAAAAUGUCAUAGACGGAGAUCUCUGCGAGCAAUUCAAUUCGAUUGAACCCGCGAAACAGAAAAGUAUAUCAGGCGAUCUCGAACGUACGCCAUCCGAAGUGUCGAAGAAGCUCGAGGAUAUUCGUACGCGUUACGCCUUUUAAAAUACUGCGAGCAUAUUUAUUUAUCGACUUGUUACAAGUUCAACAAGUCACGUUCAAUCUGCAUUCCGUUCCCAUUGUUUCAUCUUUUUACUUUUCGUUCAUCUUUUUACGAAACGUUAGUGGUUCAGCUGGUGGUUUUGUAGAAAAAUUACGCACAUAUUUUUAAUAUAUAAGACUAAACGAAAUUGUAUAGAAAAUAUAUGUCACACGUCCUAUGUAUUAAAUAAGAAGUUAGUUUUCUUCGUUUAGUAUUGAAUGUGAUCGUAGAGAGAAAAAUCUAAUUUAAGUUUAACAAGUUGUUUAUUAAUAAUAAGGAAAUGUACGUUUAAAUUGCGUAGGACAUGUAAAGUUUUACAACGCAACUUUGAUGUCGCGUAGUUUUUUUUUAAUAUUCUAGAUCAAAUUGUGAUUUUGAAAUAGCGUAAGAUUAAAUCUGUACAUCUUUGUCGCGGUUUCCGUUCAUGUCCUGCAUUGUAUUCUAUAUUAUUCUUCGACAAAAUUGCAAAGCGAUGCAAUACUGAUAAAUAUACACGGUUUUUUGACAACACAAGUUUACGUAUCCAAGAUGUUAUCCUUAAUGUUUUCAGACAGUUUUGAUUAUUUUACUUAUCAAUUUUCAUUUUAUCCUCGUUACGGUUCCACGACUACGAUGCUUUUUUAAGAAUAAUAAGCUAUUGACAAACUGCGAUGUACAGUUCAGACAAAAAAUAGAAAAUGUUUCAUCGACCUAUAUUAGUAUUAUAAAU